UUGGAAGGAAGACUUCAGGACAAAAUACAUGUAUUAUCUUUUUGGUCCCUUGAUGAAUUAAUAGAAAUAACAAUAGUGUAAUAAUUUAUUCGAAAUUAUUCGAAUUUCUUCGACAGAACUUGCGCCUGCGUCGUUUAACUGCAAAAUUACUUUUCAAAAGUUUUAGUGAUUUUCUUAAUUUUUUUAUUUAACUGUAUAAAGUAAAAAAUAGCAGCCGCAAAUUUAUAUUUAUUUGUAUAGUUUUAGACGAUUAAUUCCAUAAACGGAUACAGACAAUAUAUAUGCACAUCUAUACUUCAACCUCUAAGUAUAAGUAGGUGCUAGAGGUUGAAGUAUAUGCAUAUAUACUAUUUAUUUGAUUAACAGGGUCAUUAACCAUAUUUAAAAGCGUAAGGAUAUUGUUACUAAGUUUCGCUUUAAUAAUUUAUACCUGUGCAAAUACGACUCUCGCUGCAGUUGUUAUCGCGAAAGUGAGCGGGCAACAUGUCUCCCAUACUAUAUUGUAUAUUGCAAUUUUUAUUUAUUUAUAAUGUGAACACUGCAAAUAUUCUUGGAUUAUUCCCGCACACGGGCAAAAGCCAUCAUAUGGUUUUCGAACCAUUACUGCGACGGUUCGCUGAGAGGGGUCACAAUGUUACCGUAGCAUCAUUUUUCCCCAUGGAGAAUCCACCAGAAAACUACGAUCAGAUCAGCUUCCUAGGACUGGCUGAAUUGAGAUUGGAAUCGCUCGACUUGGAAAUUUUUGAACGGACAAAUUUACUCAAUAAGAUUCCUAUCAUUGGUAACGUCGCUAAAGCUCUCUCCGCCAUCCCAUCUUUGGCUAAAUCGGCCUUGGAUGUUUGUGAACGUGUCGUAAAACAUCAAGAAUUGAGUCAGGCUCUUAAGAACAAAUACGAUGCAGUCAUAACCGAAAACUUUAACAGUGACUGCAUGUUAGGUCUCCUUUAUGCCUAUGAAGUAGAUGCUCCUGUAAUUUCUAUACUAUCUGGAACUCCUAUGCCAUGGACCGCUCAACGUAUUGGAGCUGACGAUAAUCCAGCUCAUGUUCCGGUAAUUUUAUCGAAAUUCACUUCUAGAAUGUCGUUUACGGAGAGAUUGGAAAAUGCUUUAAUCAAUCUACUAUCGAAGUACUUGUUUUACCAUGAAAUCCAAACGAAAGAGAGAGCAUUCAUUGAGAAAAGGUUAGGAAAAAUUCCACAUCCACAUGAUCUUAGUAAAAAUAUGUCUUUAAUAUUAUUAAAUUCAUUCCAUCCUUUAAAUGGUGUUAAGCCCUCCGUGCCUGGGAUGAUUGAAGUCGGUGGGAUUCACUUGGCCGCUGAGAGAAAACCCUUGCCUACUUUCAUUGAAAAAUUCAUCAACGAAUCGGAACACGGCGUGAUUGUGUUCAGCUUCGGUUCACAUAUAAAAACUAAAACACUUCCUAAAUACAAAGAGGAAAUUUUCUUAAGGGCACUUUCAAAAACAAAACAAAGGGUGAUAUGGAAGUUUGAAGAGAGCGACGAGGAAGGAACGCUAAUUGGCAAUAUCCUCAGGGUCAAUUGGAUUCCGCAAUAUGAACUACUGAACCAUGAUAAAGUAGUGGCUUUCAUAUGCCACGGAGGUUUAUUGGGAAUGACAGAGGCUGUAUCCUCAGGCAAGCCAAUGCUCGUUCUGCCAUUCUUUGGAGAUCAAUUCACGAAUGCCGCAGCUGCAAGCGAAGCCGGGAUCGCGAGGGUUGUAUCUUACAACGAUCUGUCUGAGGAAACCUUUACCGACGCACUAAAUGAAGUAUUGGGUGCAAAAACUCGUGAAACCGCCCAGCGAUUAUCGAAAAUUUGGAAGGACAGGGAAUCUUCGCCGCUGGACACAGCUGUUUUUUGGACGGAGAGAGUGAUUAGAUGGGGCAAGGCGGCGCCACUACAUUCCACAUCAAGAGAUCUGCCAUUCUACCAACUGGCCCUAUUAGAUGUAGCGGCAGCUGUCAUUGUAGUUACGAUUUUAUUCAUUACAGCCAUAUGUUACAUUCUGGUUAAAAUUUUACGUGUCAUUACAAAAAGUUCUAAGGAAAAAAUCCAUUAAAAUAAAAUGUUCUGAAUGUAAUGUAUUUUAAUGAAUUUUUUGAAUGUCAAGGUCACUGUAAAAGUUGUUUGCCUUUUUUUACUUUCCAUUCGCUAGUUAUAUCCGUUGUUGCUUGUUUUUAAGUUCCUAUUCAUUCUUUUUUAUUAUUAUAUAAAAAAUAUUACCUUACAAUAGCUAUUUAUUUUUUAUAUAUGUAAUUAUUUUAAGUUUAUAACCUACGUGAAUGUGCCGCUAUCACCGUAGCUGUUGUGACGAUAUAUAUAUGAACGUAUUAUAUAAAAAGUAUGACAUUAGUUAUUGAUUUUACUUUUUUGACUUGCUACCAUCUAAUAAACGGGGUAUUGACCCCAAGGUGAGUAGAAUAUCUACACGAUAAUUGCUUUCAUUAAAUAAAACUAGAUACCUGAACAGACCACUUUCAUUUGGAACACUUAUUCUUAGCGCAGUUUUCUAUGGAAAAAGUGUCUUGACGUAAAUAAGGAAAUAUUUGUCA